AGGCCCGGAGUCCACUCAGGUUACGAGUUCAGGACAGAGGAACUGGGGAAGGAGGCUGCUAGUCUGCAAGGCCUUCGCACAGCUUAGAGGCCCCUGCUGGAACCUUGGCUCCUCCUCAGACUUCUGUGCCUGCUGCGAGCGUCACUGGAUUCAGGGUCUUGGUUGUGAAAGGUCUUCACUCAAGUGUCAUCUCUUUAAAUAGAGGCCUGACCCCUCUAUUUAAAAUGCCACCCAAGCCCAGGACUCCCACCCCCUUCCCUGCUUGAGUUUUCUCCUAAGCACUUAUCACCCUCUGACCUAUCCACUGUCCAUUUUCCCAACUAGAAUGUCAGCUCCUCGAGGGCAGGGAUUUUGUCUGUGUUGGUCACGGCUGUGUCCCCAUUGCCUGCAACAGCUCCUGGCACACAACAGGCUGAGGGAGUGUUUGUUGACUGUGAAUGAGGCAACGUGUGACGAUGGAGACCACAGGACAUGUGCCUGGGUGACGACCAGGACACGUGGGUUAGGACAUAGUGGAACUUGGUACAGGGUGUUGAGUGGACACCUGAGACAUGUUCUGAGUGUCUGCAGGUACACAUGGGAGGCAUGUGUGCCCCCCUCUGAGAGUCUGUGAACCCCAAGAAUGAAGACAAUGGGGACUCGUGUGUGGACCCUACAGCGUCGGGGGUAGGUGGCCACAAGUACACACCCUUUAGUGAGGACACUUGUAGGGGGCCACUUGUGUGAGCUAGGGAACACCUCGGGGCACAGCAGACCUGGGGCAUGUGGGUGUUGGGGGGUGGGGAGGUGUAUAGCACCAGGCCCUGUUUUAGGUGCUAGGGACGCACUUGCUGUUUCCCCUGCCAGGGCCACUCUUCUUCCUCAGACAGCCCCAAGCCUUCCUCCCUCCCUUACCUCCUUCAGGUCUUUGUCCAAAUGUCACCUCCUCCAGGAGGCUUUCCCUCUUCUCAGAUUUCCCCUGCACAGAUCCCCAUGUCUCUCCGCUCUUUAUCUUUAGCACUUAGCGCCACCUAAUACACUUUAUUAAUCUUAUGCUUUAUGUUUUUCCUGGUAGGCAAGGAUUUUGUGUUUUGUUCCCGCCUGUAUUCCCAGCUCCCAGAAUUUAGGGCGGCACACAGUAAGCUCUCAAUGAAUGCUUGUUGAAUGAAUGUAUGAGCCACGGCAGUCCCUCAGGGCUUCUGGAACUCAGUGGAGAGUCCAGGGCGGGAUACCAUUGGGUCGUCUCCAGCCUCGGGCGUUUCUGGACUCGGAGCCACGCAGGUGUAGACACGACUCCACCUGGGAGCAGCUGGGUUUAGCCCAGCCUGAGAUUCAGGGGUCGAGUCUGGGUUCCCGGGUCCCCCCUUCCUUCCUGUUCGUCCUCUGCCUGCAGGUCCGCCAUGUGGGCGCCCAGGCUGCGCACGCUGCAUCUGCUGCUCCUGCUGGGCGCAUCGUGGGCACGGGCAGGUGCCCCGCGCUGCACCUACACCUUCGUGCUACCCCAGCAGAAGUUCACGGGCGCCGUGUGCUGGAGCGGGCCAGCAGCCGCGGGGCCGGUGCGAGAGGCGGUGAACGCCAGCGAGGUGGCGGCGCUGCGCGUGCGCGUGGGCCGUCACGAGGAGCUGCUGCGUGAACUUCAGCGGCUGGCUGCGGCCGACAGCGCCGUGGCCGGCGAUGUGCGCGCGCUGCGCAAGGAGAGCCGCGGCUUGAGCGCGCGCCUGGGCCAGCUGCGCGCGCAGCUACAGCACGAGGCGGACCCAGGAGCCGCGCCCGGCCCGGGAGCCGAGCCCGCCGCCGCACUGGCGUUACUUGGGGAGCGCGUGCUCAACGCGUCGGCCGAGGCGCAGCGCGCCGCUGCCCACUUCCAUCAGCUGGACGUCAAGUUCCGCGAGCUGGCGCAGCUGGUCAGCCAACAGAGUAGCCUCAUCGCCCGCCUGGAGCGCCUGUGUCCAGGGGACUCGGGCGGGCAGCAGCAGGUCCUGCCACCGCCUCUGGUACCUGUGGUUCCGGUCAGUCUGGUGGGUGGCACGAAUGACACCGGCAGGAGGCUAGACCCAGCCCCAGAGCCCCAGAGCCAGCAGGAGCCCUUGGCUUCUUCCAUGCCCACAGGGUACCCUGCUGUCCCCACCAAGCCAGCGGGCCCGUGGCAGGAUUGUGCAGAGGCCCAUUGGGCAGGCCAUGGGCAGAGUGGAGUGUAUGAGCUGCGACUGGGCCGGCAUAUGGUAUUGGCAUGGUGCGAGCAACAGCUGGAAGGUGGAGGCUGGACUGUGAUCCAGAGGCGGCAAGAUGGCUCUGUCAACUUCUUUACUACCUGGCAGCACUAUAAGGUGGGCUUUGGGCAGCCUGAUGGAGAAUAUUGGCUGGGCCUUGAACCCGUGCAUCAGCUGACCAGCCGUGGGGACCAUGAGCUGCUGGUGCUCCUGGAGGAUUGGGGGGGCCGUGGUGCACGUGCCCACUAUGAUGCUUUUUCCCUGGAGCCUGAGAGAGACCACUACCGCCUACGGCUUGGCCAGUACCAUGGAGAUGCAGGAGACUCUCUUUCCUGGCACAAUGACAAGCCUUUCAGCACUGUAGAUAGGGACCGAGACUCCUACUCUGGUAACUGCGCCCUGUACCAGAGGGGAGGCUGGUGGUACCAUGCCUGUGCCCACUCCAACCUCAAUGGUGUGUGGCACCGUGGUGGCCACUAUCGCAGCCGCUACCAGGAUGGUGUCUACUGGGCUGAGUUUCGUGGCGGAGCUUACUCUCUCAAGAAGGCUGCCAUGCUGAUCCGGCCCCUGAGGCUGUGACCAUCUGUCCAUCUGUACCCCAGGUCCCAUGGGAUGUUUGUCAGCAGAAGCCAAAGUUGUCCUGGCCACACCUCCUUCAUGGUUUAGUAUGGGCCAUGUCCCACAGACC